CGUGAUUGGAAACGACAAUAUUUUCUGUACUUUAAAUUAAACAAAUAUUGUUUGAACUGAGCUUGACAAUCUAGAUCUAGACCUAGAUCUAAUUUCAAGAUGUAUCUUACUUUGUAAACAUGAUUGUGCAAGCAUUUGGUGUAGGAUAGUGCAUCAUUUUUAUGUCUUCAAAUGUAUGAUUCAUCCGGCUGAAGUAGAGGACAGUAAUUAGAUUCCAAGAGAGACUCAAGAAUGCCAAGACAAAAACGCAGCCGGUCCUAUAGUCCUCAAAAAAAUAGAGGCGACAAGAGCUAUUCAGCACAGCCAGAUUCAUACAGAAAAGUUUUACAGGAGCCCACCAGGGCAAAAACUUGUUUCUUUUAUAGAGAUGGAGACACAAGGUUUAAGGCUGUUAAGAUAUGUGUUCAUCCUAAAAGAUACAUGAGAAUAGAAUCUCUUAUUUCUGAACUGUCAGCCAAGGUAAAACUUCCAUUUGGUGUUCGAAGUAUUUUCACCCCACAAGGAAGGGACAUGAUAACUUCACUUGAUAUGCUGGAAAACAACCAAAGUUACAUAUGUUCACCUAUGCGUGCACAAGCUCGAGGGUUAGAUCCUAACAGUGUUUUUCCUCCACCUAGUUGGCAUUUUAACAAACCUUCAAGUGGAACUAAAGAGUUGAACCAUUUGCUUCAGGAAUAUGAAUUUGAAAACAAAGCCCGGUAUAUUGGGAGGAAUAUCCCCCGAGAUCAAAGAAUGGCAGAAGCAUACAACAGAACCCAACCAAAAAAGCUGACAGUGUUAAAAAAUGGUGACCCCACAGUGCGGCAUGUGGUUUUGAUAAACCGGCGGACAGCGCAAACAUUUGAGCAGAUUUUAUCUGACCUUAGUGGGAUGUUUGGGCUAGCUGUAAGAAAGUUGUAUACCAUGGAAGGCAAAGCUAUAACAAAUCUGGUUUCAAUGAUAAAUGGUCCAGAUGUGUUGAUAGCAGCGGGUAUGGAGCCAUUUAGGGAAAUGGUUGGCUAUAUGUUGGAGCCAACUGGUCGGGAGUCACGUAUACAUAGCAGGAGGGACAUGCAAAGCCGCGUGGAUAUGCAGAGCAGGGCAGACUUUCAACCAGAGGCACGGAAUGAUGCCGUUGUGUCCAGAAUGAGAAAAAGAAGAGAAAGAUUAGGAAAAACAAGAGGACACUGGAAGGUUUGGUGUGCCACCAACAUGCUCUCCACCUCCGGAACAACUGCACAGGUGACCAUCACUGUGUAUGGCCACAAGGGGAACUCUGGACCAAUACCAUUAGGUUUCCCAGACAACUCCUGUUUCUUACCUGGCCAGGUGGAUGAAUUUGAUAUAAAUGUUGGUAAAGAUAUUGGUGAAGUCUAUAAAAUAAGGCUUUCCCAUGAUAACUCUGGCGACAGCCCUGGCUGGUUUUGUGAUGAAGUUCGUAUGCAAGAUGUAGAUACUGAGGAAGUUCUUGUCUUUCCUUGUCAUAAGUGGCUGUCUCGUGAUGAGGGGGAUCAUGAAAUUAGCAGGGAGAUUCCCUCCCUUAGGAAAGGGGAGCCACAUCUUCCAAUCAUAAGAUAUGAGGUGACUGCUGUGACUGGAGACCUGUGGAAUGGUGGCACAAGAUCCAAUGUUUACCUAACAAUCUACGGGGAUCGUGGGGACUCGGGUGUCCGCCAGCUGUACAUGCCCAACAAGGAGCUGGCAUUCAACAAGGGACAAACCAAUCACUUCACCAUUGAAGCUGUUUCUCUGGGCCAUCUUAAGAGAGUUAUAGUGGGGCAUGAUGGGACGGCUCCAGGUGAUGGUUGGUUUUUAGAGAAAUUAAGUAUACAAGAACCUGAUGCAAAACCUCAUGAAGUUUAUCACUUCUACUGUGGAAGAUGGUUAGAUGCUGGGGAAGAUGAUGGAAAAAUUGUCAGAGAACUCAAAGUACAGGAUGAUUACAUGGAGGAUAUUUUGGAGAAAAGAAAUUGGGAAUAUGAAAAGUGGAAGUUUGAGAGCAAGAACCAGAUCAUGUUGAUGUCCAUGAUGACAGGAAAAGCAUUGCGGAUAAAGCCUGAUGGCACAGUGGAUGGCCUGGGAGAAGAUUCAUUCGCUGGCUCAACUCUGAUUGUGUCUUCAAAGAAGCCAAUGGUUAGGGUUUUUGCCAGUUUGUUAAAUCCAAAUUUUCAUUUGGUUGUAGAUCAAGGCAAAAUCUCUGGCCAGGGUAGAGGAGGGCCACAGUGUGAGUUCCGCCUUCAUGUCCAAUCAGAUCGCACAGUUAUGAUAGAAGCCGCCAAAUCUCCGUUGCAGUUUAUCACAAUACAGGAGAAUGGGAAGCUGGGUGAUCCUAGGUCAACACUCGACAAAGAUCCUGCUAAAAGGUUUCAUGUGUAUGCUAAGGGUAUUCUGCGUCACAAAGGGAUUAUCAUGCUCCGCACUUCAAACACUCAAGCCAUCAGCGUAGAUCACGACAAAUCUGUCUAUGCCACUGGACGCUGCAACCGUGCUGCACAUUUCAGGGUUCACAAAGUUGACCAGGGUCGAAUACGCAUGUUUGAGAGUAUGAUUUAUCCUGGAUUUUACCUCAGGAUGAAAGAUGGGAAAUUCGACUGUAAUGGAUCUCGUAAUGAGGACUCCCACUUUCUGGUCGGGAAACACAAAAACAAAGGAUAUUUCACACUGCAGUCCAACAGACAGCGUGGUAUGUUCAUGGGAUUCACCCCGCGGGGAGACGUCCGUCCAACUGUUGACAGUGGCAACAAUAACAUUCAGGUCUUCCCUGAGGUCAUAGAAUUUGGAAUACCCAAAGAGCAGCUGACUAAUGAAAAACUAACUCCAAUGUCUGAGAGGCCUGGGUAUGAGGAUGUACCUGACUCAAGAAGAAAACCCAAACAAGAGGUCGAAGAUGGAGAUUUCCGUGUUCUGGUCAGUACAGCAGAGAGCCUGGAGCAAGGGAUGAUCACAGUGGUUGUGUUUGGUGACAGGGGGUCCACUGGACCAAUUAUGUUAACCAGCCCUCAUGAGAAUGGGCCCUUAUUUAGAACAGGAAGUACAGACGAGUUUAAGAUUAAUCUGUCAAAGAUUGGAAAACUUCGUAAACUAAGACUGGAGCUGUUACCUCGUAGUCAAAACAGGGACCCGUCCUGGAAAGUGCAAAAACUCACCCUCACAGACAUGAAGACACAGGAAAAGUUUAAUUUCAACUUUGAUCGGUGGUUGUCUAGAGAGAAAGAUGACCAGGACCUUGUCCGUGAGCUUCCUGUUGUCUAUGAGGGGCGUGAGCAAGAUAGUUUGCCAGUUGUGAAGUACUUUGUUACUGUCUACACUGGAAAAGACCCUGGCUCUGACACGUCUGCCCAGAUUUUCAUCAACCUGAUGGGGGAUCUGGGAGACUCUGGCAAGAGACAGCUGAGGAUGUCAAACAGACCAAAACCUUUUCAGUGUGGGCAGUCUGACACUUUUGAGAUCGAGGCGGUGCACCUGGGCAGUUUAAGCAAGGUGCUAAUUGGUCAUGAUGAGACAAGGCCAGGGGAUGGCUGGUUCUGUGACAAAGUUGUGGUCAGAGAGGGGAAAACAGCAAACAUGGAGUUUGUCUUCCCAUGUUCAAGGUGGUUUGAUUCAGGUAUGGAGGACAGGAAGUUGGAACGCACCCUCAUGGUUCAGGAUAACAAUCUUAGCAAAAGAAAUUAUAAAGAAGACAUCCAAGCCUGGGUGAGCACACAUCCAAAUAGUGGCCCCAUGAUGGAUACGGCAAUGAUCUAUCUGUAUGGCAAAGAUGGCUGGGUCUCCUCAUCAACCCUAGGUAGUGGCAGAGACGGUUUAUUUAAACCUAGUGCUGUGGAUGAAAUUAAGUUGUCAAUUGAUCAAAAAUUAGAUUCUAUUUAUAAAGUUCGCAUAGGGCUAGCAGAAGAUCUUACAGGUAGUGAAUGGCAUUUGGAGAAACUCAAGUUGAAGAGUUUGAAAUCAGGGCAGGAGUUUGAGUUUGAGGUGGGUCGUUGGAUGUCCAGGAAGAAAGAAGAUUGUGAUGUGUGGAGAGAGUUGCCAGUGGCAAGAUUCCAUGAACCUCCAUUGCCAGUGAUUGUCUACACAAUUGAAGUUCACACAUCUGACCUUUCUGGGGCUGACACUGAAGCUCCAAUUUAUCUCACAUUGAAUGGUCAGCGAGGGGACACGGGCAAGAGGAGACUUUACAUCACACAGACAGAAGGGAAAAUGUUUUCUCAGGGAAAGAUAGAUUCAUUUGUUAUUGAAGCUGUGUCCCUUGGGGCUCUAAAGUCAGCUGUGAUUGGCCACACUGAGAAAAGGCCAGGAUUUGGCUGGCACCUGGAAUAUUUGGCUGUCAAGGAGUUGAAUUCCAAUGAUGAGCAAGUGGAGACUUACUUCCCUUGUGACAAAUGGUUUGACACUGGACAAGGAGAUGGACUGACUGAAAGAAUUCUUGUACCUGGCCAAAGACCAAAAAGAAGAAAAAAUUAUAGUGGGGAGUAUCACCUCUGGGUGACCACAGCUAAAGAUUCCCCACCGUCCUAUGGUGGUAAGGCUGUGAUGGUCCUGUAUGGGGACAAAGGAUGCAGCAUUGACAUUGACCUGUAUGCCCCAAACAGUACAGCCAAACUCUUUGAACCAGGGAAUUCUGAUGAGUUCCAGGUGUCAACUGGUGAUAUUGGGGAAAUCUAUAAAAUCAGAAUAACAAGAGAAGAUAAGUCAGAAUGGAAAGCUUGGCAUCUUUUGGAAGUUAAAUUGCAGGACAAAAUAUCUAAGGAGAUUUUCAUAUUCAACUUUGAUCAGUGGUUUUCUAAAGAUUUGGAUAAUGGAGAUUUGACAAAAGAACUUCCUGUUAUUACUGAUGAAGUUGAGCCCCUUGCAGUCAAGACUUACAGUAUAGCUGUAACAACAGGCGAUCACUGGGCAGCUGAAACAGACUCUAAUGUAUUUAUCACCCUUUAUGGUUCUAAUGGAGAUUCUGGCAAGCGGCUGCUCUAUAAAACAAAGUCUGGGAAUAAAAAAUUCCAAAGAGGCAUGACUGACCUGUUCAGCAUCGAGGCUGUGGAUCUAAAAACCUUGCACACUCUCCUGGUGACCCAUGAUGGUGUUGGCCCAGGGGCUGGCUGGUUCCUGAAGCAUGUCAUAGUCACAGACACCAGCUCACAGAGGCUGGAGAAAUAUGUUUUCCCAUGCGGGAGAUGGCUGGACCACGGGGAAGAUGACGGAAAAACUGAAAGAAAACUGAGAACCAUGGGUCUGUUGAACUUGUCAGAUUCUCGUGCUGUACCUGCUGAAUGUGGAGGAAGGUGGAGAGUCAAAGUGAGGACAUCAGAUAUGCCUGGUGCUGAGUGCAAAUCCCAAGUUUACCUCACUCUGUUGGGGACCAAGGACAUGUCUAAGCCAACUCCAUUAGGCACUGGGACUUUGAAUUCAGCCAUGUUUGAUCAAGGGAAGGAAACUGAGUUUGAUUUUACUGUUGGAAAAAUUGGAGAGCUGACAAAAAUUAGGCUAGAGUUAGAUAGUAAAUACAACAAUCCUUCUUGGCAUGUGGACUGGGUGUUGAUGAAGCAUGUUGAAACAGGAUACGACUGCCUAUUCACAUUUGACCGAUGGCUAGCUGAAGACAAAGAAGAUGGGCAGAAGUUUAGGGAAUGUGCUUUAGAGCCACCAGGUUGGAUGCCCUCUCCAUUGUUACGCUAUAUUGUGAUGAUCCAAACUGGCAAAAAAUCAAACUCUGGAGCACAUGGUGGUGUAUGCUCCAUCAAUUUGAUUGGUUCUCAAGGGGACACAGGACAGCAGGUGUUGUCCCGCUCCCUGAUAACAUCAACAGACACCAUGAAGGACGGCAUUCUAGACGUGUACAUGCUGGAGGCUGUUUGUGUGGGUCAGAUCAGAAAUGUUAGGCUGGCAUUUGAUGGGAAAGAUACUGUAAAGCGCUGGUUUGUUGAAUGUGUGCGAGUGAUGGAGAGUUUAUCUGCCCUUACUGAAAGUGUUUUUAUAGCCAACUGUUGGCUGGAUGAUGAGAAAAAUAAAGCUGUUGUCAUCCCAUGUACAGACUCUGGUGUGUCAUCAUCCUUACCCACUGGUACAGAUCUUGCAAUAUUGGGACGUGCAAUACCUGAGAGCCGAGGAAAAUGGGAUAUGUGGCUCUGGACUGGGAGUCAAAAAGAUGCAGGAACUCAAGAUGUGAUAACUCUGGUUUUAUUUGGAACAACAGGACCAUCAUCCCCCAUCUUUAUCAAUAAGAACAGAGAGUUUUAUGCUGGUUCUAUUGUACAUUUGAAAGUUGAAGCCAUUAAUAUUGGUGAACUUUUUAAAAUAAGAUUUGCAUUUGCAAAGAAGGAGCAAAAUUCUUCUUGGUAUUUAGAAAGGAUUAAACUCAAAGACAAUGACACCAAGCAAGAAUUUAACUUUGAAUUUAACAAUUGGAUUCGACCAACAAAAGACAAUGAGAGUGGAAUGGUAGAGCUUGCAGCAGUCAGACCAGAUUUAGUUCCCUUAUCACCAAACAGCUACAAGAUCAGUGUAACUACUGCAGAUAUUCCUUGUGCAGAGACAACAGCAGAAGUUUCCUUAAUUUUAGUUGGUCAGUGGGGAGAUUCAGGUCUGCAGUUCCUCAAUAAUUCAAAAACCAAUAGGAUCCCUUUCAGAAGAGGACAGACUGAUGAGUUUGAAAUGAAGGUGUUGGAUCUGGGAAAGAUUUCUAAAAUUAUGAUUGGCCACAGUGAAUAUGGGCGUGGUCAUGGCUGGUUUUGCCAGCAAGUUACAGUAACGUCCAUUGGAGUCAAUGAUGACACAUCGGAGACUGUUUUUGCCUGCAACAGAUGGCUUGACACAGGAGUUGAGGAUAGAAAAACUUCUUGUGAGUUCUUGGCUGUUGGUAGUGUUUCAAUGAAGGAUGUUAUUAGCGCAUCUGCUAGAUUUGCAUCCAAUGGUGUGUGGACAUGCCUUUUAAAGAUGACAGGAAUGGACAAGCUGGAUGUAAGCAGGAUAUCACAUGGUACCCAACACCAGGUGUCACUAGUGGUCUAUGGCACUAAAGGUGUCACACCCCAGCUGGACCUUGGCGAAGGCAAGCUCAGAUUUGGUCCAGGACAAACUUAUACCUUAAAGGGUCUAAUAUUUGGAGAUAUUGGUGAUCUAGUCAAGAUUAGGGUCAGCUCUGGCAGUGAAGAUGAUAGUCGCACUGUCUGGAUUAUAGAAGAGAUUUUGCUUGAAGAUGAAAAGAGUAAGGAGAAAUUGCGUUUUGACUUUAGCAGCUAUGUUGGUGAGAUUGGUGGAGACACCAGAAAGGAGAGGCCAGUCAUCAGACCAGGAUUGAGAAUUUCUCCCAUUAUAAAAUAUGUUGUGACAGUAAUUACUGAAGAUGUUCAAGGUGCUGGCACUUCCUCUAAAGUCUACAUGAACCUGUAUGGCACUAAGGGGGACAGUGGCAGACGUCUGCUCCAUACAACAGAGGGUGUAACUCCAUACAGACAAGGACAAAGAAAAGUGUUUGAAGUUGAAGCUGUUGAUGUGGGUGAGGUCAAGAAGGUGGUCAUCACAAAAGGACCUGGAGAUCCGUGGAAGUUAAAUCAAGUCCUAGUCAAGGCUGGCGUAUUCGGGCCUGUAGAUUUUGUAUUUAUCUUCAAAAAUUGGAUUGGUGUGGCGGACAGGAGGGAUGAGCAGCUGGACUUUACCAUUCCAUUGACUUCUGUUAGACCAAGCAAUGUGGUCAUCCCAACCUCUGAGUUGCCAGAUAUACCUGUAACAAGAGGUCAGUGGACUGUUGAGACUUUAACUGGACCAAAUGGCACCAGUGGAGAUGUUAAAGACUUGAUUGUUGUGUUCUGUGGCACCAAGGGAGAAAGCAAUCCUAUUCCUUUCAAGACAAAAAAUGGCAAUUCUUUUUUGCCUGGGAAGACAGAUAAGAUAAAACUGAGUUUGGCUGAUGAUGUAGGGGAGAUAAUCAAAAUAAGAUUAGGAUAUCAAAACAACAACAAGUCCAAGUCUUGGCAUUUACAACAGAUCAAAUUUGAUGAUGCUGACACAAGGGAUACCUUCUGGUUUGCCUUCAAUGACCAAAUAGCUGUGAAUGAUGUUUCUGAUGGUUGGAGGGAAUUUCCUGCUAUAUGGCCAGGAGUUUUCAUUUUACCAAUUGUGAAGUACACAAUAACAGUAACAACUGGGGACCAAGAUGAGGCUGGCACCGACUCUCAGAUACUGAUAAAACUUGACGGCCUGACAGGUAGCACUGGCUACAGGGUACUCAAAUCUGGGGACAAACAACCCAAGUUUCAACAGGGACAGACAGAUAAAUUUGUUCUUGAAGCUGUAAGCCUGAUGAAUCUGAAGAGUGUUACAAUUGGUCACCUCAACAAUAAUCCUGGUGCUGGGUGGUUUUUGGCCAAACUUCUAGUGAAACCUGGCAAUGAUGACAGGGAUUAUUUGUUUGUAUGCAACAGAUGGUUUGAUGCUGGCCAGGAUGAUGGAGCCACAUUGCGAACUUUGAACCUGAAUGAAGAUGGCAGCACAAGUGUUGUUAAUGUCCACAAGUCUGCUAGACCUCCUGCAGCCCCUCCCCAGGAAGAACUGAUCAUGACAGCAACUGUUGCUAAACCAAUGGGUGACAAGGGAAAACCUCCCAGUCCUGAAGUCAAAAAAGGUUACACGUACAGUUUGACAACAGUAACAGGCAACGGUUUAGAUAACGGCACUGAGACAGCCCUAGUUCUGGUUCUGUAUGGAGAAAAAGACAAGUCUGAGCCCUUGAUUGUUAAAAAUAAACAGAAGCAGCAUGCGCUUAGGAAGGGAGAGACCCAAUAUUUUGAGAUAUUUACAGAAAAAGAUGUUGGAAAUCUCUUUAAGUUGCGUGUUGGUUUUGAUUCCAAAGGGAAAGAACUUCAUUGGUACUCAGAUUUCAGUUCCUGUCCCUCUUGGUUUGGCGAGAUGAUCAAAUUAAAGGAAAUAAAAUCAAAUAAAGAAUAUCAAUUUACUAUCAACCAAUGGGUGAGAAUGGAGGAAGAUCAAGAUUUUUGGAGGGAGUUUCCAGUCAAUAAAAGAAACCAGGAUGAAAUGCUGGCAGUUUUAAACUACUUUGUUGCUAUAAAUAUGGAAGAAAGUGCUUGGCCAAGCUCCAAUGUCUAUGUCCAGCUUGUGGGUGAAUAUGGGGAUACAGGAUGGAGGCACCUGCAUGGCCCUAAGACUUCUGAUAAACAUGUAAAUGUGUUUAGAGUUGAAGCUGUUGACCUUGGCAACCUAAACACAGUUAAAAUCAAACAUGAUGGCCUUGGUGCUGGGUCAGGCUGGUACCUGAGGAACAUUAAAGUCAGAGACUCAAUGGAUUCCAACUUGGUUUGCUUAUUUGAAUGUGAAAGAUGGCUGGAUGAAAGUCAAGAUGAUGGUGCAGUAAAGCGUGUUUUGCCUCUCACAGCCAUCAUUACAGAGGCAGAGGAUGAUGAACCUGAAGAGGAUGAAGGGGAGGACAAAGCUGGAAGCUGGAAAGUCUAUACAAAGACAGGAGAUGAAAAAGGCAGUGGAACUGAUGCUAAUGUCACAUUGACAGUGUUUGGUAGUAAAGGUGGAUCUGGGCCACUUACUUUAGGAACAAAUGGACAAGAGAACUUUAGAACCGGGCAGACGGAUCAGUUUGAUAUUUGGCUAGAUCCAGCUGACAUAGGAGAUAUUACAAAGGUCAGACUAGAGCAUGAUAACACAGGGCGCAGUCCAGGCUGGAAAGUAGACAAACUCACACUUGAGAAUGACGAGACUGGUGAGAAGCAUGAAUUCAAAGUGAACAGAUGGCUGGAUUAUAAUCAGCCAGACGGGGACGUUGUGUAUGAAGGGGCAGCUCAGCAGGCUGAUCAAACUUCUCUUCCUGUGUACAAAUACAUUAUCAAGACAGUUACAGAAGCUGAUGAAGGUGCAGGAACAAAUGCAAAUGUAUACAUGGAUAUUGUGGGAACACUUGGCAAUUCAGGAAAAAGGCUGCUAAGAAAUGAGAUGGAUGGCAAAGCCAAGUUUGAAAGAGGAAAGACCAACUAUUUUAAAAUUGAAGCCGUGGAUCUUGGAGAUCUAGAAAAGAUAACAGUAGGCCAUGAUGGUCAAGGAGCAGCUUCAGCCUGGAAACUACUUUGUGUGAUCAUCCAAAGAGAAGAUUUAAUGAACAAACAGAGCUCUGUAUUCCCAUAUGGAAGGUGGUUGACAGAAGAAAGUAAAGAAGUGACUAUCCUGAAAGGAAAAAUGCUGGAAGAUGAUGACUAUGAGGAAGAUGGCUAUGAUUUUCUAAAGAGUAAAAAACUUAGAGACAGUGGCUAUUAUUAGAUACGCACUGUAAUCUCUUCUUUGAUUUAUUUUUAAUUGGUGAAAAAGAAAUUAAAAUAAUAUUGACGCAUGUGCAACUAAAACAUAUGUCAUGCAAAAAGUAAAUGUAAAUAUUUUAGUCACACAGUUACAUUUUUUUUGAGAGAGCAAAACAAAUUGUGUUCUUAAGUAUGAUCAACGUUUGAUUCUAUCCUAUAAUUUAUGACGUCUUUUAUGCUAUGUGGCAUAACUGUUAACCAUUACAUUUUUUUUACUGCUGGUUCUUACUAUCUGUAGAACAUCUGUCUCAUCACAAAGGGUAAUAUUAUGUUAUAUGAUGAACUAUCCCUGACUGUUGAUGUUUAUCAUGGUUAGUUAUUGUA